CGGUGUGCGCUUGUGCAGACCUCAUCAAAGCGUUUGGCUGCUCGUUGAAGUUAUUCGUUAUUCCUUAUUUUAUGGUCAGUAUUUACCGGCUUUCAUUAGUUUAUUAAUAUUUACGCCGUCCCAUCAUUUCUUCUUCUAAUAGCACCAAGCAUAAUAUGAAGAUGGAGGGAGGCGUAGUUCACCCGCACCCGGGAGCGGUCGGCGUCGUGCACGGCGGAGUGCCGGGAGUCGUGCACGGGAUGCCCGUGCACGGAGCGGGCCCGGACGGCGAGCACGCCCAGCACGGGCCGCGCCGCCGCUACAACAACCGCCCGAAACCGCCCAACAACUUGGAGAGACUUCCGUUAGACGAGGCUGCUAAGAGAGAAAUGGAAUCUCUCCCAAUGAAGACUCCGGUGUCGGUUCUCCAAGAGCUGUUGGCUCGCCGAGGAACCGUGCCUAAGUAUGAACUGGUGCAAAUUGAGGGCAUGAUCCAUGAACCUACAUUCCGUUAUCGAGUGACCGUCGCUGAUCUUGUUGCCAUGGGCACCGGGCGCUCCAAGAAGGAGGCCAAGCACUCCGCAGCCAAGGCUCUACUUGACAAGCUGACUGGUGCUGCCCCGGCUGACCCUCCAGCCAAUGGAACUGUGCCUGAGACUACUGGUGGUGCUGUGGUGACGUCUUUUGAAGACAAGCUGAUGGGCAACCCGGUGGGCUGGCUGCAGGAGCUCUGCAUGUCUCGCUUCUGGCCGCCGCCUUCCUACCAUGCUGAGAAUGAUGACAAUGUCAAUAGACGCCUCCCGCACGAGCGCCAGUUCACGAUCAUCUGCACGCUGCUGAAGCGGCGCGAGGUGGGCACUGGCAAGUCCAAGAAGCUCGCCAAGCGCCAGGCCGCCUACAAGAUGUGGCAGGCGCUGCAGGACAACCCCCCGGAGUCCUUCCAGCCCGAUGAGGAGGGAGUGGCGGCCCGCUACGCCGACCUGAAAGACAGUAAAAUCUCUACUCUGACUACCAGUCACAGCCACAAGGUGUCACAGUUUCACAAGCAUCUGAAACAGUCUGUCGGCCCCAACCUGGCCAAGUUGCAGGUGACCCCGCUGAACAACAAGGACUUCAACUUCGUCCAGUUCCUGCAGGAGAUCGCGUCGGAGCAGUCGUUCGAGGUGACGUACGUGGACAUCGAGGAGAAGUCGAUGACGGGACGCAGCCAGUGCCUGGUGCAGCUGUCCACGCUGCCCGUGGCGGUGUGCUACGGCAACGGGCUCAGCAGCAAGGACGCGCAGGCCUCCGCCGCGCAGAACGCGCUCGAGUACCUCAAGAUCAUGACCAAGAAGUGAAUGUCCAAGCCGAGCGACACCGGCCAAGGGGCCAAUCAAUUUUCCCAAUGAAUUGUCGCCUCACGCCUCCCCGGGCCGAUGUCGCUAGGUUUGAGUCGACACUCCUCGUCACCACUUCCCAUUCGAAUAUGGCAUGCGACACUGCCUGUAGCGCUUCGGGCUAUGCUUUAUAACUGGCACGUUUGCAGUAUCUUACUUGUGAUUUUAUUUAUUAUUCUCGCAUUCGAUUCCUGUUUGUUUUAAAUAAAUUAUUUCAGCAAGUGAACUCUCACUUGUACUACUACUGCCAACGUGCGAGGGUAAAUCGCAUAGCCCGUAAACAUAAUGAAACAAAGUAUGGAGUGGUCAUAUAACAUAAUACAAGCUAUACUUUGCAUAGAAUUAGUGUAAUUUUCCCAGCGUGGAAAUUACUUUAAAAAAACAUAAAAAAUACAAAAAAAUAUAAAAAAUAAGUAUAAAAUGUAAAAAAAAGUGUGGACUAUAAUAUUUCCAGUUUAAUAUUCAGCAUUAUUCUAGGCAUGUUUUUGAAUUCAUAUCUAAAACGAUCGUUAUUAUCAAGGAAAAAAAAACAAAAUUUUAGCUUUUAAUGUACCUAUAUUAUAGUAAUCAUGGCAAAGCCUAUUAUAUUUUUUCCUUAACAGAUUUACUUGUGGUUACGUUUAGUCUGGUGUGUUAUGAAAUCAACAUGCUGAGCAUUAAACGGAAAAUGAAUUCUCAGCUAGUAAUGUAAUGUCUUGUUGACGAACCGGCUGGCCUUUGCUUUGUAACAAGCUCCCUGUGGUCCUUUACUUGAACUGAACUAGAACUUCUUACAAAGUGCAAGGGUUGGAUUCUGCAGAACACUCGAGUGGUGGCAGGAUCGCGAAUAAUUUAGUUAUAUUUUAAACCAGUCACUGAGGUUUUCUUUUGAACGCAUGAUGGAAAACUUUGCAGGGAAGCUGAGAACUUAGUGUCAGAGUGAAUAUAUCACUGGUAUAAGCGGUUGCGGAGUUAGGAUCCCUUGCCUGUGAAAAUGGGCAUUAUUUUAAUGCAAAGUAUAGAGGUUGUAACAUUAGUACCUGUUCAGCAUCGUCGUUCGUGCUCGGAGGACGAGUCUCGGCACAUACGAGGGUUCUGCGCACCGAGUUUCUUUUAAAUUGAAUGGUGUGUCCACCUGCCCUACCGUCGCACUGUUCAAGUUGGAAAAAACUUAUCAGAGUAAAGGAUUGGAGUUCUGUUCAACCAAGACCGACUAAAUAUUGUACUCCCAGAGGGGCGUAGUUGUUUAUUUUUGUGUUUAGUGAGUCUUGGUUUUACUUCUUGUGAUUAAUCUCAAGGAUAACUAUUGUAGAAUAAUGUCACUAUUGUGAACACUUUGAAUUCAUAUUUGCAUAGAUGUACGUUUUGUUUAUUUUUAAAUGCCGUAAGAUAUAAUUUUGUCAAUGCACUGUUUGCUCUAAUUACAAUAAAAUUUUGAUGUUGCUUAACUA